AUGAUUUGCGGAUCAUCCCAACUCCCGAAUGCCGAGAUGCGGGAUGAUCGACGUCACGGCGCGGCGUGUGCCCGCUCGCCAGUCAACGAGAAGGCCUGCUUCUCCACUAUCGAAGAAACCCCUCGUACAGUGAAGCUGCAGAAGAUCUAUCCGAGUGUUGUGCUGUCGCCAACCAACUGGUACUGA